CGGGAACUUGGAAUAGCGAGAAGUGUUCGAAAGCUCUAGAUCAUGGCGACCGCUAACGACAAACAGUGGCAGAAAGAUGCAGCCGAUCAGAAUUUCGAUUAUAUGUUCAAGCUUUUGAUCAUUGGAAAUUCUGCUGUUGGCAAGACAUCGUUUCUCUUUCGCUAUGCGGAUGAUUCAUUUACGUCCGCGUUUGUUUCAACGGUAGGAAUCGAUUUUAAAGUGAAGACGGUUUUUCGAAAAGAGAAGCGAGUGAAACUUCAAAUUUGGGAUACAGCCGGUCAGGAAAGAUAUCGAACAAUAACCACUGCCUACUAUCGUGGGGCCAUGGGAUUUAUUCUGAUGUAUGACAUUACCAACGAAGAGUCAUUUCAGGCAGUGCAAGAUUGGUCAACACAAGUGAAGACAUACUCUUGGUCCAAUGCCCAGGUGAUACUUGUUGGAAACAAGUGUGACAUGGAGGAAGACAGAGUCGUGACUUAUGAUAGAGGGAAGCAACUUGCGGACCAGCUUGGUCUGGAGUUCUUUGAAACCAGUGCAAAGGAUAAUGUUUAUGUCAAACAAGUGUUUGAACGCCUGGUGGACAUCAUCUGUGACAAGAUGUCAGAGAGCUUAGAUUCUGAUCCAACAAUUGUCAGUGGACAGAAGCCUGGAACAACAAAGAUAUCUGACAAGCCUCCUCAACAACAGGACAGUGGCUGUGCUUGUUGAUCUUUAUGAAUUGUUGUAUCUUUUGAAUAGGAGUGAUGUUAGAUUUCAUUUUAAAUUUUCUGGAUCUUUGCAAAGUUGCAGGUUUGGUUUUGUUGAAGCUCUGUUGGUUACUACAUAGAUUGACAGACUAUUAUUUAACCCUCUCUUGUGAAGAAACUGCAAAUUCUUCCUACCGACUAUUAUUUAUACUAAUUAUCAAUUUGGUAAAAUUGAAGAUGGUGCUUUCCAGAAAUUUUCUCUUCUAGUUGCUAGUUCUCUUUAUUCUCAUUGCUUGCCUGCCCGGCAUUGCAUGAAUUUUGCAUGAGAAUCUACUGCUACACUACUUCCUCAGUUGAGAUAUACACUCCCCAACAAUUUUAACCAAUAAAUGUCAUUGAUUUGAUGAAGUAAUCAUAUAAGAAAUUUGAAAUUUGAAUCAAAACUCACUCAUUACUUAUAUUUCUGUUAACUUUUAAUCCUUUCUUUCCUAAGAUCUAAUCAGUAUUUCUCCUUACUGUCUGCUGUACAAUUGUUAUGAUGUUAGUUUGGAGAAUUUGGUAUGUGAUCAGCUAAUCCCC